AUGGACGUGGACGUGGACGGACGUGGACAUGGACGUGGACGUGGACGUGGACGUGGACGUGGACGUGGACAUGGACGUGGACAUGGACGUGGAGGACUUGGACGUGGACGUGGACGUGGACGUGGACGUGGACGUGGACAUGGACGUGGACAUGGACGUGGACGUGGACGUGGACGUGGACAGGACGUGGACGUGGACGUGGACGUGGACAUGGACGUGGACGUGGACGUGGACGUGGACGUGGACGUGGACGUGGACGUGGACGUGGACGUGGACGUGGACGUGGACGUGGACGUGGACGUGGACGUGGACGUGGACGUGGACGUGGACGUGGACGUGGACGUGGACGUGGACGUGGACGUGGACGUGGACGUGGACGUGGACGUGGACGUGGACGUGGACGUGGACGUGGACGUGGACGUGGACGUGGACGUGGACGUGGACGUGGACGUGGACGUGGGCGUGGACGUGGACGUGGACGUGGACGUGGACGUGGACAUGGACGUGGACGUGGACGUGGACGUGGACGUGGACGUGGACGUGGACGUGGACGUGGACAUGGACGUGGACGUGGACGUGGACGUGGACGUGGACAUGGACGUGGACGUGGACAUGGACGUGGACGUGGACGUGGACGUGGACAUGGACGUGGACAUGGACGUGGACGUGGACAUGGACGUGGACGUGGACGUGGACGUGGACGUGGACGUGGACGUGGACGUGGACGUGGACGUGGACGUGGACGUGGACGUGGACGUGGACGUGGACGUGGACGUGGACGUGGACGUGGACAUGGACGUGGACGUGGACGUGGACGUGGAUGGGACGUGGACGUGGACGUGGACAUGGACGUGGACGUGGACGUGGACGUGGACGUGGAUGUGGACGUGGACGUGGACAUGGACGUGGACGUGGACGUGGACGUGGACAUGGAUGUGGGACGUGGACGUGGACGUGGACGUGGACGUGGACGUGGACGUGGACAUGGACGUGGACGUGGACGUGGACGUGGACGUGGACGUGGACAUGGACGUGGACGUGGACAUGGACGUGGACGUGGACGUGGACGUGGACAUGGACGUGGACGUGGACAUGGACGUGGACGUGGACGUGGACGUGGACGUGGACGUGGACGUGGACGUGGACAUGGACGUGGACGUGGACGUGGACGUGGACCUGGACGUGGACGUGGACGUGGACGUGGACGUGGACAUGGACACGUGGACGUGGACGUGGACGUGGACGUGGACGUGGACGUGGACGUGGACGUGGACAUGGACGUGGACGUGGACAUGGACGUGGACGUGGACUGGACGUGGACGUGGACGUGGACGUGACGUGGACAUGGACGUGGACGUGACGUGGACGUGGACGUGGACGUGGACGUGGACGUGGACGUGGACGUGGACGUGGACGUGGACGUGGACGUGGACGUGGACGUGGACGUGGACGUGGACGUGGACGUGGACGUGGACGUGGACGUGGACGUGGACGUGGACGUGGACGUGGACGUGGACGUGGACGUGGACAUGGACGUGGACGUGGACGUGGACGUGGACGUGGACGUGGACGUGGACGUGGACGUGGACAUGGACGUGGACGUGGACGUGGACGUGGACGGACGUGGACGUGGACGUGGACAUGGACGUGGACGUGGACGUGGACGUGGACAUGGACGUGGACGUGGACGUGGACGUGGAAAUGGACGUGGACGUGGACGUGGACGUGGACGUGGACGUGGACGUGGACGUGGACGUGGACGUGGACGUGGACGUGGACGUGGACAUGGACGUGGACGUGGACAUGGACGUGGACGUGGACGUGGACGUGGACAUGGACGUGACAUGGACGUGGACGUGGACGUGGACGUGGACGUGGACGUGGACGUGGACGUGGACGUGGACGUGGACGUGGACGUGGACGUGGACAUGGACGUGGACGUGGACGUGGACGUGGACGUGGACAUGGACGUGGACGUGGACGUGA